GUGCCUACUUACAGGGGGUCAGAGCACAAAGUAAUCAUUGUUGGUCUGGAUAAUGCAGGAAAAACAACCAUCCUUUACCAGUUUUCUAUGAAUGAAGUGGUGCAUACCUCUCCUACGAUAGGCAGCAAUGUAGAAGAGAUAGUGGUUAAUAACACACGUUUUCUAAUGUGGGAUAUUGGAGGGCAAGAGUCUCUUCGGUCUUCAUGGAAUACUUAUUAUACAAACACAGAGUUUGUCAUUGUUGUUGUGGACAGCACAGACAGAGAGCGAAUUUCUGUAACUAAAGAAGAACUUUAUAAAAUGUUAGCACAUGAGGACUUAAAGAAAGCAGGUUUGCUUAUUUUUGCUAACAAACAAGAUGUUAAAGAGUGCAUGACAAUAGCUGAAAUAUCCCAGUUUCUGAAACUAACUUCAGUUAAAGAUCACCAAUGGCAUAUCCAAGCAUGCUGCGCUCUAACUGGCGAGGGAUUGUGCCAAGGACUUGAAUGGAUGAUGUCAAGACUUAAAAUCAGAUGAUUUUUAAUGACCUCUUUGCACUGACAUUGCAUACAAAAGUGCUGUACCUACGGAUACCUUGGUUACCUGUACCUAUGGUAACCUGCAAAAAUAAUGGGUUAGAUGUAUUUAUAAUAAACUGAUUUCAGCUUUAUUUUCUACACACACAUAUUAAGGCCACCUCUUUGAAAACAGAUGAAGAUGAAGGUUCUAGUUUGUUUUCCCCAUUUGUUGCCUCUGAAGAUAGGUUUAAAAACUGUGGUUGACAUUCUUCUCAAGAUAAAGCCACUCAGGACUGUGUGUGGUGAGUAUGAAGUGAGGGGAAAGAAUUUUUAACUUUACAUUUUAUAUUCCAAUAUAACUUUCCUAGUUGAAGAUGUUGGCCUCGUUAUUCCAGUAAAUUAGCAAGCAUAUCAGUGGCAUAAGUAUUGACUUUCCAGUAUUUUAAAAACUUGUUGAAAUGUGCUACAGAUACAAAAAUAUUUUCCUCUUUGUGUACUGUACAUAUUUGUGUAUAUUUAUACCUCAAGUUUAGGUUAACUGAAAUCUGUUCCAAGAAGAAGUGAAUAACACUGAAUCUCAGUGUACUGAGAAUAGUACUAAUGUUGAGAUUGUUGACAUGUUACAACUGCUUUUCCUUUGUUCUCUGUACUGCUCUAACCUUCACCAAUAAUUGGUGCACCAUUUCUUUAUAAAAUGAAAUCUCUUAAGACUA